UGAACUCUAUGCUUGUAUUUUUGCCCAAUAGGCGCAACUUGAGAAGAUGAGGCGCCCUAAUAUUCAAGAUCGAACCAUCCCUAGGGCGAAAAGUUGGAGAGUCGAUAACCAACUCUCUUAAACCUCUAGAUUCAACACUGAUCAGCUUCGAGCCUUGGCACCCUUUCAGCUCAAGAAAUUCUAAAACAGGGCAGCCUCUCAAAAGUCUCUUCGACGCAGGAUUGAUCAACCGUGCAUAUCCAAUGCACAGUGUCUUCAGCGAAGACCAAUUCACGGCAUCCAUAAGCCAAAGAUUACAUCCAGACAAUUGCAAACUCAGAGAAGUGUUUCUUCCAUCCUUAGAAUGUCGGCAUCUGAUAUUACUUGGUGCAGCAAACCAUGAGGGAGUUCCCGUCGUAGCGAAAAUUAUCGAAAGUACACUGCGCUUGGAGAAGUUAUUCUUACAAAUAACUUGCACACCCAAUUCCGCGACUGAGUCCAAUGCGGAGAGUGUACGCUGUCACGACUUUGAUGGAGAAGAAUUUUGGAAUUCUGCAAAGUGGAAGAUCUACCAGUGUUUGAUGCAUCUCAAGCAUGUCCAGAUUGUUGAUCGCGGUGCCAAUUCGGUGGCAUGGGAACCUGUUCUUUCCCUGCUCAAGUUUCUCCUCCAGAAUGCACUCUGGCUGGACAAAAUAGUGAUCGAUAGUACUAAUUCCGAAUCGUCCCGAGCAGUUGAUCCAUGGGGGCUGCUUGAAGUGGCCCGGAUUCUUCUGUCGCACCCAAAGCGUUCUCUAAACGCGACGGUCAUUCUUAGGUAUCUUUCCCAAGGAUGUCCGUCUAAACGUGUGCGUAAAUCCUGAAUAUUUCAUCAAAACCGGCUACGGCUUUUCCUCCGUUUUGUACACGUACAUUUGCAGGAGAUGUGAUUGAAUGCAACGCUGGGGCAGAAAUUUGAAAUAAAACUUCCCUUUUCCGUUUGUUCAA